GGAGAUCCUGCAGGAGAUCCAGCGCCUGCGGCUGGAGCACGAGCAGGCCUCGCAGCCCACGCCCGAGAAGGCGCAGCAGAACCCCACGCUGCUGGCCGAGCUGCGCCUGCUGCGGCAGAGGAAGGAUGAGCUGGAGCAGAGGAUGUCAGCCCUGCAGGAGAGCAGAAGGGAGCUGAUGGUGCAGCUGGAGGGGCUGAUGAAGCUGCUCAAAGAAGAAGAGCAAAAGCAGGCA